AUGAUCAGGGAUAUGCAGCUCGCCAUCUUUGCCAACAUGCUGGCAUGUUGCUCUUCUUGCUUUGUUGUUCUCUAUCGCUAUAUGGCCCAUAACAGUCCCAAAAAGCAGGAAUGA